AUGAUUUGGCGAAAUGUUCUACCAUGUUGCUUAGCGCUGCUGUCAGUCACUCUAGCAGCGGACCCUGUUCCAAAUUGGCCCCGACCACCAGCCCAACCUCAGCCGGCUCCAGAUAAGAACCCCUCUCCAGGUUCGCAACCUCAACCAGCACCCAACUCACCCGAUACUUCACACACACCUCCUUCAGGCAGUGCAGGUGAACAUACAGCUCGAAAACCCGACCCAAGCGAAAGCGUCUUCGGCGCAGGCUGUCGCUGGGAUCCCACAACCAGCAACAUCGAACAAGUCUCAUUUGAUUUCCGUACCGGCCAGGCCCCACCCUCAACUUGGUUCACCGACGUUCACGAUGCAGCCACCACCACGAACCCUGCUAAGAGCAUUCAGCGUCGCGAUACACCCCCUUCCUCCCCUCCAACCCCUCCUCACCAAGAAGGAGGCAAACCAGUCCUGGACGCAUCCUACCACACCCGCCUAAUCGACGUCCUAACCUUCCGCGCGCGCUAUGGUUCCUUCGGUUCCUCCCUCAACAGUGCCGGUUGUGCCCUCCCCGCAUUCUCCGAACGACUCGCAAACCUCGAAGAACAAGAGCGCGAAAUUAUUAACAACUACACCGUUCAACACAAACCCAUCGCUGGCAGGGACAACAUUCCUAACGCCAUGUUUUUUUGGGCUGGAAUCUCCAACUACAACCCCAAAGUUCGUUCGGAUCUCAUCCAAACUGUCGUGUUCUAUGGAGAUGGAUGUGCAGCAAACCCUCGCCAAGGAUUAUGCAUUUAUGCUGCAGAAUACUCCAACUUCAGAUACAGCCCCGAGGAUCACAUGUGUAUGGGGAGUAACAUGCCUGUUUUCUACCCGGUCGAUACAACUAUGACGGUGGUGUAUAGGACGCAGAAUGGGUUCAGGACGCAGGAGAGCUGGAUCGAUGGGAAAAUGUUUAGUAAGCCGGAGCCGGACUUUGCGGCAUUGGGGUUGUGUACGGGUGGUGCGACAUUGAAAACGCAGCCAAAGAUGAUGGAGGGGGGGAAGGUGUGGGUUAUUGAGGAGGUUAGAGUGCCUAAUGGAGAGCAUCCGACGGGUUCGAAGGGUGAUGCUAGAAAGGAUGCUGGCGGUUUAGAGGGAGGCUCAAAGGCUGACGGGGGGAAUCAGAAGACACAAAGUGGUAACGGUGGCACAGGAGUGGCUCCGCUCCAGGCUCCAUUUAGUGGUGGCAGUGGUGGCAGUGGUGACAUUGGUGUUGGUUCGUCACCUUCUGCCGACAACAGCGCUGUUCAGACUCUUCCAAAGGGUUCAGCUACGGGCAACAACGGCGACAAAGGUGUCUCAGGUACACCGGGUAGCAACGGUCCUAGCGGUGGAAGCGAUCCUCACAAUGAUGCUCUGCCGUCACCCGGCGGUCGUGCAGCUCACGACGCCCACAUCGCACGCGCUGCUCAUAUGGCUCAUCAGGCUUCGUCAGCCAAUGGACUCCUGAACCUCAAGCUGUCGACGCUCCUCCCUCUGCACCACCUGCAAACGAAGCUGCUACUCCUGACAGUGCCAAAGAUGCUAAUGCUCCUCCUUCACCCCCUCCUGCUGGCCAGCCCCAUACCCCGCCCGCUCAAACCCCCGCUGUAUCUGAUCCCCACAAUGCUCCGCCACCCAGCGCUGCUGUAG